UUUAAAGAAAAUGUUGCAACAAAUAAUAAGAGCCAGAGUAAGGCGAUCAAUUAAAGAUUCGCUUAUGUUCACCCAUCAAAAAGUUCAAUUGAAAAUACAUCAAGGAACUGUUAAAGGUGUAAUUGAGAACUUAGCUAAUGGGAAAAGUUUCUACAGAUUUUCUGGCAUUCCUUAUGCAAGAAAUCCAGAAGGCAAGUUAAGGUUUAAAGCUCCCGAAAAAUUAUUAAAAUUUGAAAAGGACGUAAUUGACUGUACAAGGGAGGGAAGUGCAUGCUUCCAUCAAUCGACUGUCACAGGAAAUUAUAUUGGAUCAGAAAACUGCUUAAAUUUGAAUGUAUAUGCUCCAGCAGAUGCAAAAUUCAAGAAACUUCCAGUUAUUGUUUUCAUUCAUGGCGGAGGCUUUAUGUUAGACUCGAAUAGUGUUGACUUCUACUCCCCAGAAUAUUUGCUAGCUGAGGAUGUUGUAGUAGUCACAGUCAAUUAUCGACUUCAUACUUUAGGAUUUUUGUCACUUCCAAGCAUGGGAAUAUCAGGAAAUGCUGGAUUAAAGGAUCAACAAAUGGCACUAGAAUGGGUUUAUGAUAAUAUAUCCCAUUUUAAUGGUGAUCCUGACAACAUCUGUUUGUUCGGGGAAAGUGCAGGCGCAGCAAGCGUCUAUCUUCAUACAUUAAAUCCAAAGUCACGUAGAUUCAUUAGCAGUGCUAUAUGUAAUAGUGGAACUGCACUUGAUACUUGGCUGUACCAAAGAGAUGGAGAAGGUAAAACUAAAAUGCUAGCAAAACGCGUUGGUGCUAAAGGAAGCAGUGAUAAAGACAUUUAUGAUGCUUUAAUGUCAUCAUCAACACAAAGUUUGUACGAUUUAGCGAAUAAAGUACGAACACCUGACGAAUAUAGACGAUCGAUUCCGUUCACAUUUAAACCGAUUGUAGAAAACGAAAGUGAUGAUGCAUUCAUGACUGAAUCCCCAUUAGAACUGAUCAAAGGUCAAAAUGGACAAAUUAAGUUGCCAAUGAUAAUUGGAAAUAACAGUGCGGACGGUAUGACAAUGACUUAUUAUUUCCGAAAAAAUCUUAAUUUAAAUAAUGAAGAUACAGUUCGACUAGUUCCAUUUUUUAUUAAUGUCGAUCCACUAAGUAAAGAAGCAAAAGCUUUGGGUGAUAAGAUCAGUAAAUUUUACAUGGGCAAUAAAGGGGUUUGUGAGGAAACAUUACAAAGGUAUUUAGAUCUGAAUUCUGAUUCAUACUUUUUUGUUUCACAAACAAUUGCCGCAAACCUUAAUAAAAUACACAAUCCAGGUAUGAAUCAGUAUUUGUAUGAAUUCGAUUUCGAUGGAGAAUUAAAUUUCAUGAAGAGAGCUUUAAGGAUGAAGAAAUAUAAGGGAGCAUGUCAUUUCGACGAUAUGUCAUAUCUUUUCAGGCAUCAAAUAAUAGAUGUAUCAAUUAGAAAAAAUUCUCGUGAACACAAAAUGCGGGACCGGAUGUGUAAAAUGUGGACCAAUUUUGCAAAAUAUAAAAAUCCUACACCCAAGACUAAUAAUCCUUUACCGACGAUUUGGGAGCCCGUUAAGUCCACUGAUAAAGACUUAAAUUAUAUGAUCUUAGACGAUAAUCCACGAAUGGUUAAAAACAUCCAUUCAGACAGAAUUAACUUUUGGAAAGAGGUUUUGGAAGAGUUUAAUGGCUCAUUCUUUAAUCCUAUUUGUCCUUAGUUCCGAUUAAUUUAUUUAUAAUUAUUGUGAAAUAUUUAUUAAACUUGCGAAAUAAAGACCUGUCAAGAGCACGUCUCAUAUUUAAAAAAAUUA